AUGCCACUAUAUGCAAAGUUUCUUCAAGAAGUCAUCACUAAAGAAAGGAGUUGGAAGGAAAAGGAAACUGUGAUCCUAACCCAAGAAUGCAGUGCUAUAAUUCAAAAGGGCCUCCCACCAAAACUAAAGGAUCCAGGAAGCUUCCUUAUACCAAGCACCAUUGAAAACAUGAGUAUUGAGAAAGCAUUGUGUGACUUGAGGGCAAGCAUCAAUUUGAUGCCACUCUCUAUGAUGAAGAAGCUGCUAAUAGAGGAGGUUAAACCCACUAGAAUGUCACUACAACUUGCUGAUAGAUCUCUAAAUAUACCCAAUGGAGUUGUGGAAAACCUCUUGGUGAAGGUUGGAGAAUUCAUUUUUUCUGCUGACUUUGUGAUCUUGGACAUGGAUGAGGAAGGGAGUAACUCAAUCAUUCUUGGAAUACCCUUCUUAGCCACAGCCAGAGCAAUAAUUAAUGUUGAAAAGGGUGAAAUGGUUCUUAGGGUGCAUGAUGAGCCAAUGGUUUUUAAUUUUUUCAAGGCAAUGCAAUACCCAGCCGAGAAAGAAAACUGUAUGAGAUAUUAUCUGGCUGAAAUUGAGGAGCUUGAGCAAAAGUCUGAUUCAGAGAUAGAGAAUGCACUGUAG